AUGGCGCCCAUUCGACGAUACCUCCGCAUUAGCAAAUACUCAGUACUGGAAUGUCGCAUCUAUUUGGAGUCCCCAUCUGAUUCACGAUGGCUCUUGGACUCUCACGAUCCAGUCCUGCCGCGCGUUCUCGCUGCGGUUCGACCGUUGGUUCUUCCGAAGCUGCGCGAAGAGAAUGAGCGGUUAUUCAUGCGCAAGAAGGGCCAUCCGGUCAAAGAUGUCAUUGUAGAAGAUGAUUUCGAAGUCGCCAUCUUCCUCCGCGAAUCCCGUACCCGCCAUUCGCUCCUCACACGAAACAAGACAUUCCACGGAAAGGAAAAUCAGGUUCAAGGGUUGAACAUAGAGAUGAAACCAGAUCAAGUCUCAGGGGGUACGGCUGCCAGCCCGGUGAACUCGGCAGAUGGCGAAAUUAUGAUUGAAAGUGACAGUGAGGCUGAUCUAGAACUGCACCAUAUUCCCGAAUCCGCGGAUGAAGUUGCACUGGGAAAUGAAACUCGGUCCAGCAAGAGAAGCCGGACAACUAGGGAAGAUUGGGUGUCACCCAAAGACACAACUGGCGAUGAGGAAAAGAAACUUCGUUUCAGCACCCGUUAUGAGAGCUUCAAUAUCUAUGGAUGGGUGUUAUGUCUGUUGAUCACCCGUAAGGACGACAAAACCAGGUCAGGUGCUGUGGUAUCUGAAUCAAAUCGGCAACCUCUGAUGGAAGAAUGGAUUUCAACUCAGGCUCAGGCAUCUGUUGAUGACGAGUGA